AUGGAGCUUGGCAAGAAGGAGGGUGGUAGACCCGACUUGAUUGAGGGCUUAUUAAAGAAGAAGGACGAGUUGAAUAUCUCGUUCGAGACACUCGCGGCAAACAACAACACGCUUAUCAUCGGUGGUUCUGAGACGACAGCAACGCUACUAGCUGGAGUCACCUAUUAUCUCUUGAUGAAUAGGGACUGUCUGAGAAAGCUUACGGAUGAAGUACGCACAACUUUCAAGACGGAAGAGGAGAUUGAUUUGGUUUCCGUCAACAAGUUGACGUACAUGCUCGCCUGCCUGGACGAAGCACUCAGAGUAUAUCCUCCAGUCUCUAUGGGCCUCCCGAGAGUCACACCCAAAGGCGGAGCGACUAUUUGUGGCAAGUUUGUGCCUGAAAAUACCAUCGUGGCAAUUCAUCAAUGGGCCAUCAACCACAACGAGAAGUACUUCAAAGACCCGUACGGCUUCCACCCCGAGAGGUUCAUGGGAGACGAGGAAUUCGCAUCAGACAACAAGGAGGCUUUUCAACCUUUCCACAUUGGCUCAAAGAACUGCCUGGGGCGCAAUCAGGCCUAUGUUGAGAUGAGACUCAUUCUUGCUCGCCUGAUUUGGAAUUUCGAUGUCGAGAUUGACGAGGAGUACAAAGACUGGGCCCAGAAGCAGCAAGUCUUCAUUUCGUGGGAUAAGGGUCCCUUGAAGGCGCGCUUGACACCAGUAGCUCGAUAG